UCUGCGUCCUCGCUUCACCAGGUACAUAUCUCCCGCGCGUCGUAGAAAGCGGUCUGACCCAGCGGAAGUAAUUCUUCCUCCUGCCCCGGAACCCACGGGAGCUGGCAGCUGGGGGUGGGGGGGGCGGCCCUGGAAUAGGGGCUGUGGCGGUACGCUGGGACCCAGCUGCGGUGGCUGCCGGGCUGACGAGAAACUGCUAAAGUUCCUGGGGAAGCAAAGUAGAAUUUUUCAUAAGAACAAAAUGGAUGGAGAGGAGAAAACCUAUGGUGGCUGUGAAGGCCCUGAUGCCAUGUAUGUCAAAUUGAUAUCAUCUGAUGGCCAUGAAUUUAUUGUAAAAAGAGAACAUGCAUUAACAUCAGGCACAAUAAAAGCCAUGUUGAGUGGCCCAGGUCAAUUUGCUGAGAACGAAACCAAUGAGGUCAAUUUUAGAGAGAUACCUUCACAUGUGCUAUCAAAAGUAUGCAUGUAUUUUACGUACAAGGUUCGCUACACUAACAGCUCCACUGAGAUUCCUGAAUUCCCAAUUGCACCUGAAAUUGCACUAGAACUGCUGAUGGCUGCGAACUUCCUAGAUUGUUAAAUAAAAUAAAUUAUAAUAAACUGUUAACUCUUUUCAGUAUUUAAUACCUGUAGUUCAGUUAGUAAUUUUUUCUUAUAUAGCAUGUUGCCUGUAUGCAGUUGAACUGUAUAAAGUUCAGUGCAAAGCAGAUUAUCUUCUGUUUUUUGCAUAGCAAUCAAAGUUGAAAUUCGUUUGCUACAUCAACAAAUUAAGGACAUUUUCACAAACAGAAAUAAACAAAUAUGCCAAUUC